GGGGGGCGCGCCAGCUCGUAGCAGGGGAGCGCCCGCUUCGUCGGGUCUGAGCUGGAGGUCGCCAUGGGGCGAGGCAGCGGCACCUUCGAGCGUCUCCUAGGUAACGCGUCCCCACCCGACGGCCCGGCCUUGGUCAGCCCGCAGCCUCCGCCCGGCGCUGAGUCAGCGCGGCCCCAAGGGCCCGAGGGGCGCGGACCCGUCGCCCUGCCCGCCUCUCCCCGGCCCGCUGUCCUCCCGGGCGCGGAGCCGCAGAUCCUGGACCCUCGGCGCGGCCGUGGGGUCGGCGUCCGUCGGGCGUUGGCGAACUGGGCGCUGUGAGGGUCCGCGCAGGGCGCAAGGGGCUCUCGGCGUCCUCGCUCUUACGCGGGCCUGGGCAUUCGGCCGAUUUCCCGUUGACCGACGAGCACCCGGCCGAGUGGGCCACAAGGCCUGAGUCAUGAAAGCGGGUGACUCAGUCAGAUGUUAGGCUGGCACUUGGGCUUCUGACCCAAAACAUUGGGCCUCGAAGGGUGGAGCCGGCAGUGUCCUCUCUGGGACCUUAGAGCUCUCUUGGGGGCUGCGGGUCCCGGACCCACCCUUUGUUCCCACAUUGGCUUCGGGAAGUGCCUAAUGGUUUAGGAAGGCGUUUUCUCACGUUUUUGGAGGUGAAAGCUGAUGCUGUCUGAGCCUCCUGGAAUUGACACGUUUUGGGAGGGAAACGAAUGUUGAUGUGCACGUGCCCAGCAGCCCCGUAGGGAAAAUGCGUCUUCUGUUUGGGGGUAGGCGCUUGGGUGGUCGAAUGGGCUGCCCCAAGCUUGCCUUUUUGUUAAGUAUGGUUUUCAAGGAGACUUCAAAUGAGACACUUUCCUUGCCAAGGGAACCAGCAAGCAGACUGAGUAUCUCAGCCACACAGGUAGUUCAGUGCUUCAGGGAUGAAUCCAGAGGUUAACUACUGAAUCAGUAUAGAGAGUGGACGUGGCUUGGCCUGUUAGAUCGUUUCUGUAUCCGGGAAAGGCGAUGUGGGCAGAGCUGGAGCUGCUCCCCAGAGGGGCCAGUUGUUGGAGACAGCAGUGAUGUGGUAUGAUGACAGACAAGGCGACCAGCCAGCUCCUGUUGGAGACAGAUUGGGAGUCCAUUCUGCAGAUCUGCGACCUGAUCCGCCAAGGGGACACGCAAGCAAAAUAUGCUGUGAAUUCCAUCAAGAAGAAAGUCAACGACAAGAACCCACACGUCGCCUUGUAUGCCCUGGAGGUCAUGGAGUCUGUGGUAAAGAACUGUGGCCAGACAGUUCAUGACGAGGUGGCCAACAAGCAGACCAUGGAGGAGCUGAAGGACCUGCUGAAGAGACAAGUGGAGGUAAACGUCCGUAACAAGAUCCUGUACCUGAUCCAGGCCUGGGCGCAUGCCUUCCGGAACGAGCCCAAGUACAAGGUGGUCCAGGACACCUACCAGAUCAUGAAAGUGGAGGGACACGUCUUUCCGGAAUUCAAAGAGAGCGAUGCCAUGUUUGCUGCCGAGAGAGCCCCGGACUGGGUGGACGCUGAGGAAUGCCACCGCUGCAGGGUGCAGUUCGGGGUGAUGACCCGUAAGCACCACUGCCGGGCGUGUGGGCAGAUCUUCUGCGGAAAGUGUUCUUCCAAGUACUCCACCAUCCCCAAGUUCGGCAUCGAGAAGGAGGUGCGUGUGUGCGAGCCCUGCUAUGAGCAGCUGAACAGGAAAGCGGAAGGAAAGGCCACUUCCACCACUGAGCUGCCCCCCGAGUACCUGACCAGCCCCCUGUCUCAGCAGUCCCAGCUGCCCCCCAAGAGGGAUGAGACGGCCCUGCAGGAGGAGGAGGAGCUGCAGCUGGCCCUGGCGCUGUCACAGUCAGAGGCGGAGGAGAAGGAGAGGCUGAGACAGAAGUCCACGUACACUUCGUACCCCAAGGCGGAGCCCACGCCCUCGGCCUCCUCAGCUCCCCCCGCCAGCAGCCUAUACUCUUCACCUGUGAACUCGUCGGCACCUCUGGCUGAGGACAUCGACCCUGAGCUCGCACGGUAUCUCAACCGGAACUACUGGGAGAAGAAGCAGGAGGAGGCUCGCAAGAGCCCCACACCGUCUGCGCCCGUGCCCCUGACAGAGCCGGCUGCACAGCCUGGGGAGGGGCACGCAGCCCCCACCAAUGUGGUGGAGAACCCUCUCCCGGAGACAGACUCUCAGCCCAUUCCUCCCUCUGGUGGCCCCUUUAGUGAGCCACAGUUCCACAAUGGCGAGUCCGAGGAGAGCCACGAGCAGUUCCUGAAGGCGCUGCAGAACGCCGUCACCACCUUCGUGAACCGCAUGAAGAGUAACCACAUGCGGGGCCGCAGCAUCACCAACGACUCGGCCGUGCUCUCGCUCUUCCAGUCCAUCAACGGCAUGCACCCGCAGCUGCUGGAACUGCUCAACCAGCUGGACGAGCGCAGGCUGUACUAUGAGGGGCUGCAGGACAAGCUGGCACAGAUCCGCGAUGCCCGGGGGGCGCUGAGUGCCCUGCGCGAAGAGCACCGGGAGAAGCUUCGCCGAGCAGCCGAGGAGGCAGAGCGCCAGCGCCAGAUCCAGCUGGCCCAGAAGCUGGAGAUAAUGCGGCAGAAGAAGCAGGAGUACCUGGAGGUGCAGAGGCAGCUGGCCAUCCAGCGCCUGCAGGAGCAGGAGAAGGAGCGGCAGCUGCGGCUGGAGCAGCAGAAGCAGACGGUCCAGAUGCGCGCGCAGAUGCCCGCCUUCCCCCUGCCCUACGCCCAGCUCCAGGCCAUGCCUGCGGCCGGAGGCGUGCUCUACCAGCCCUCGGGACCAGCCAGCUUCCCCAGCACCUUCAGCCCCGCCGGCUCAGUGGAGGGCUCCCCCAUGCACAGCGUGUACAUGAGCCAGCCGGCCCCUGCUGCUGGCCCCUACCCCAGCAUGCCCGGCACCGCUGCUGAUCCCAGCAUGGUGAGUGCCUACAUGUACCCAGCAGGGGCCACUGGGGCGCAGGCGGCCCCCCAGGCCCAGGCCGGACCCACCGCCAGCCCCGCUUACUCAUCCUACCAGCCUACUCCCACAGCGGGCUACCAGAACGUGGCCUCCCAGGCCCCACAGAGCCUCCCGGCCAUCUCUCAGCCUCCGCAGUCCAGCACCAUGGGCUACAUGGGGAGCCAGUCAGUCUCCAUGGGCUACCAGCCUUACAACAUGCAGAAUCUCAUGGCCACCCUCCCGAGCCAGGACGCGUCUCUGCCGCCCCAGCAGCCCUACAUCGCGGGGCAGCAGCCCGUGUACCAGCAGAUGGCACCCUCCGGUGGUCCCCCGCAGCAGCAGCCCCCCGUGGCCCAGCAGCCGCAGGCGCAGGGGCCGCCGGCACAGGGCAGCGAGGCCCAGCUCAUUUCAUUCGACUGACCCAGGCCAUGCUCACGUCCAGAGUAACACUACAGUUCACCUGAAACGCCUCGUCUCUAACUGCCGUCAUCCUGCCUCCCUGUCCUCUACUGCCGGUAGUGUCCCUUCUCUGCGAGCGAGGGGGGGGCCUUCACCCCAAGCCCGCCUCCCUUCUUGUCCUCAGCCUGCUGCAGUCCCUGAGUUGAUCUCUGCUUUCUUUCCCCAGGGCUGGGCCAUGGGGAGGGAAGGACCUUCUCCCAGGGGAAGCCCCCAGCCCUGUGGGUCAUGGUCUGUGAGAGGUGGCAGGAAUGGGGACCUUCACCCCCCGCGGAGCCUGUGCCCUCUGGCCCCACUGUGAGCUGGCUGUGGUGUCUGGGUGUGGCCUGGGGCUCCCUCUGCAGGGGCCUCUCUUGGCAGCCACAGCCAAGGGUGGAGGCUUCAGGUCUCCAGCUUCUCUGCUUCUCAGCUGUCAUCUCCAGUGCCCCAGAAUGGUACAGCGAUAAUAAAAUGUAUUUCAGAAAGCA